AUGCAAACAUUAUCAUUUUUACUUCAACAAAAAAUAUUGACAUACUUGAUGUCAAAUGGAAUUCCAUCGACAUUGAAGGAAUACAUUGUACCAUACAUUAGAAACCUUCCAAAGAGUGGACAUAAGAAUUCAGAUUUAUUCCGGAAGAUAAAUCUAAAUUCAUCACAUGUCGAACUAUCUUUGGUUUGUAAGAAUUGGUUCAAGUUUAUAUCGAUUCAAACAAACCGAAUCUAUUUAAAAUUGAAAACAAAGUACAAUUCCAAUAUUGAAUAUUACUUUGAAUUGCCUGGAUCGAGGAAACAAGAUAGUCAGUAUUCAUUAUACAACAAACAAAACAUUCACACUUUGUACUUGGGGGCAUGGGAUACCAUCCAUUACGAAGGUAAAUACGAUAUCGAAUUCAAAGAAACAAUCGAUAGUCUUCCAAACUUGGAGAGACUUAUCAUCAUAACAAAUAACCCAUACCUUCUUCUGGCAAUUCAUAAACAAUAUCCUUCAUUAAAGAUUGAAGUGCAUGUUGAAGAUCAUCAAUUCUUUUCGUAUAAAAAAGACAUUGAUCUAUCAUUUGUGGAGUUUAUUCAUAGCUAUGCCAUCCAUGUUGUUCAUGCUGAUCUCAGUAAAUACUAUCAAUUUGUAAAGGCAUGGAGAACGAAUUCAUUGGAACUUGAAUAUGGCUGUUUGGGUGAACAACAUUUUAGGCAUAUCUCCUAUUCGUUUUUGCUGGAAUUACAAUCACUUCAACAUCUUUUAAUCCAUGUCGAUCAUAUUGAUGCCAAAGAACUUGUACUCGUUGCAAAGAACAAUAUCUUGGAAUCAUUCAGUUCCGAUGUAUUCUUCAGACUAUUUAUGGGUUUUUCUAGGAAGGAAUGGUGUAGAUGCGUAGAUUUUCUAGAGAAAGGUGAUGAUAGUGAUGAUGAUGAUCGUGGUGAUAAUAAUGGUCUUGUUCCCCUGAAAUAUUGGCGAAAUUUUUGUUUGGCACUUGCAACCAACACCAAAUUGAAAUAUCUUCAUCUUGGUAAUACUUGUAAACACAAAAGGCUUUCCAAUAAACUUACGACGUUCAUUUCAUCGGAAUUCCUCACAUCUUUGAAAGCCAAUGGUACACUCGAAUCACUUUCAUUAUCAUGUAAUAUGCUAUCAGAUGAUUUCUAUGAAUCUUUGUUUUCUCAAUCAAACACAGAUACGAAUAGAACCAUCAAAAGCAUACAUCUUCGUUCAUAUAAUCUCGAUCGAUUGAAAUCAAUUGGAAGAAUGCUUGAACACAACCAAACAAUCAACCAUUUAACAUUUUCAAAGUAUAUAAAUAGCAAAGAUGAAAACAAUAGUGAUACAAAUCAAGCAAUAGAUUCAUUCGUUAGUUCACUUGCUCUCAACAAAACAUUGAUAUCAUUGACAAUCGCAGAGAAUACAUUUACUACAGAUCUUCUUUCAAAACUUUCUCUGUCAUCAACAUUAUCUUUUAUCUUAACAAAAAAGGAUCCAUAUGAAUAUUAUGGUGAACACACAAUUAAUGAAAACGAUGAUAUUGAAGAUGAAGAAGAAGAAGAAGAAGAAGAUAUUGAUGACGAUGAAGAUGGUGAUGAAGAAUAA